GCAUGUUGCAGCCUCGAAAGUUGGCUUGAUUGAUUGAUUGAAUUCUUGAUUGAUUGAUAGAUUGCUUGAUGUUACAAUAAGUACCCACAGGUGCUGGAUUGCUUGAUUGCCUCCAGGUCUGCCACACUGGCUGCCGUUUCCUUGUCGUCCCACCCCAUCAUAAGCUCACAAGUUCUGUGCGUGUUGAGAUGGGAUGAAUUCCUGUGGAUAUAACAUGCGCGCACCAUGCUGCAUCAAUUCAAUUCCCUCGUCAAAGGAUCCGAGGAGCAGAUCAGCCAUGGCGAACUCGCCGAGCUGCUGCGUGCGCCGUUACGACCAGCGCGCUCUGUUGACACUUCCUUCUUCGACUCGUGCCAGCACUUGUCCGGUGGCCCCGUUCUGCCGCUUGAGCGCACACUCACUGCUGAGAGCUUAGUUCGAGUGCGUUGCAGCUCAGACAGCGGCCAGGCUACGAGGUCGAAUGGACCUUCUCAGGUCGAAGGUGGACCUGGCCAUGAGUUUGAUCGUGUGUCCGAGGAGAGGUGGACAGAGCAGAAUGAGCCUCGGGAGUAGCCCUCGGAACUUCGAUAUGGGAGUGCCUUCAAGCAUCUGGAUCAAUGGGUUAUGGAAAAUCAAAACGGGGAGGGUGCGAGCGCCAGGUAUCCCGUUCCUGUAGUUCCUUGGACAAGGCCACUUUCAGAGCUGCGGAGAGUCUUCAGGGCGAGAAGCGACGCUAUUUCGAUGGGGCGACAGUUGGAGGUGCCGGGUGUGUACAGGACGGCCAGUGAUGCAGUUGCGCAGAGCAGGCAGUUUUGGCUUCCGCCGGGAGUAGAGAAGACCAGCAGCGUCGAUGUGAUGGUUCUAGGCCGUCGGAGCUCCCUGCCAGAUUACAACCACACUGUGGUGGACAUUCUCACUGCGCAACCAGGCAGUGGCGUGGGCCUGGAAGAUGUGAGCAGGAAUGUUUUGGCUGCUGGGCCGACCCGCACGAUUAGCUCGUGCAGCACGGAUAGCGCAGCGGAGCACUGCAGGAAAACAAUGUUUGUGAGAGGAUUUGAACCUAAAUUUCUGAGGAUAGGAUUCGGAACCGAAAGCUGAUGGUCAACUUGGGAGCGUCCAUCCAGAUUCCGUAUUAAAUUCUGUGCGUCACCAGAGUUUGUCAGCAGCGCUUGGAGGAGCCACUUAUCGAGCUGGGAUGUGCGUGUCGAGGGGAGAUGGCUAAGUCGCACAAAUCUUGCAUCGAGAUGUGGUUUAAGAACAAAAGGUCUAACGUGUGCGCGGUUUGCCAGCAUGUUGCUGCUAACAUACCAGCUUCAGAGACAUCGCUCUCGCCGCAUUUCUGGGUGUGGAAAGUUGGGGAACGAUCUAGCAGUGGCGGGCAAUCAGUAUACAGAAGCACGCAAUCGGGCAGGGGCAGACACUGAGCUGAUGUUGAACCCCCCAAUGCUGAUUACGGUUAUGAGGAGGCAUCCUUUGGCUCUAAUUCUGUGGAUUGGCGUGCUUGCAUUUAUGACUUACCUCUUCGUGGAUGCCAUCAAGACUAACUCAAUCGGAUACGCCACAGUUCGCAUUGGCUUCGUUUAUGGGAUUUUGAUGAUAUUUUGGUUGGGCACGAUUUUGAGGUGGGUGUUGAAGUAUUGUCAAGAACGUCGUCUCUGGGAAAUGGAUAUGUCGCCUGAGGCUGAGAAUCCGACAAUGGAUUGUUUCACGCGCAAGUUUCACAAACCGACGGAGGUAACAACGGGAGCCCCCGUCUUGUAGAAGUUCGCCACUUCUACUUCAACUACGUUGAUUUCUGCUGAAGUGGCUGUAGUCUACAAUUCCUUCGCUCAAUUUUGCUGAUUCUCAGAUUGUUGAUUAGCUGACAGGUAUGAAAUUCAAUGACCUUCUACAUGUUUCGUCAAGCAUGGCUUGACUGUCCUAUGUAUCAAUUUGUUUUCACAUUGAGACUUAAAGGAGUCUGUUGACCCGUGGUGACCAUCACUGCUGUCACCGCAUGAGUAUGUCCACAGAGCCUACGAUUCCCUAGUUGGUGGUCAGGAAAAGUGAACCGCAUCAAUUCUGGCAACGACUGUUUCUAGGUUACUUUGGAUCCAGUUUCUUAUCUUAACGAAAUCGUCGUCGCUGAGCCCUUCAGAGUACUGCACUCCACAACUUCUACACAAGCUCAUUGUGGGCAGGCAGAUGGAUGAAUUGGUAUACCAGGGAAAACUUGUCACCAAUCUCCAUGGUGCGCAUCUCCCUUUCACAAUGUUUCGAGGGGUACGCAAAUCGUCAAGAAUUACUUUGAACCUUGAAGAAAGACCAUCACCUAUUUGUAGGAUAAAUCUGUAAAUUAGAUGUCUUUCUCAAGUUGAAAUAUAAGUACGAACGCCAAAUUUUCAUUAAAAAAU